UUAUUAUCCAACCCCCUGAUCGUAAGGGUGAGGUUGUCCCGCCCCCCCAGCACGCCGCCGCGCCCACCAGGGAGUGCCACGCCGCCCCAGCCCGCCUGGCACUCCACGCCUUCGUGCCUCGCCUCCGCGGGAUUUUUCUGAUUUUCCUGUUCAAUUUUUUAGCAGUUAGGUGGUGUCGGUGGCGGCGUGGCGGCCAGGGCGGGCGUGGGAGGUGCCCGCGCGACCCUCCGCCACUCACCACAGUCACUUUUACUCGUUUUUCCGCCACGUACACGCCAAAAUAAGGUGUAAUGGAGGCUGGGGUGGCUCGCUGUGCCCCUGCAGCACCCUUUGGGCCCCAGGACUGUACGUCUCGCCCCGUCAGGAGGCUGAAAAGUGAUGUGUGAUGUACGGCAGGCCCGGAAUGACCCAGUGAGUGCCUCCUGACACCCAGUGAAGGGCUGAGUGCCAGCCAGCGACCCUGUGUGUAGCCAAGAGGUAGCUGAUGAGAGCACUGCCCACGGCCACCACACGCUCCACCCUACACAGUGAGUCAUGGAUGGGCACGGCCAGGCGGAAAAGGAAGCUAGUGAGGUGCUGCGUUCAUUCAACAUCCUCGGGGCACCUCGCUCCACCCCGAACGAGCCACAGAACUUGUCCACCAGCACAUCCCAGCCAAUGGUGAUGGUGCCACCCCAUCCCCCGCCCCAGUGGCACAUCCACCCCCAGCCGGUGCACAUCAUGACAUACCAGCCACAAGUCAACCCACCUACUUCUCAAAGUGACACAAACAGCAAUCAACAGCCCCCUAAUGGCCAGCAGCAGCAGCAACAGCCACAGCAGCCACAGCAACAACCACAGCAGCAGCCACCACAGCAACAGCAGCAAGGACCUCCACAGCUGACUCACAUGACGGCUGAUCAGCUGUCACAACUCCAGUCAGCACCACUAGAGCACUCCAUCUGGUCCACCAAUGACAUGGAUGGACAGAAUGGCAUGAACUCCAGUUAUCCCAUGGGUGAGCUGCCCGGCCAGGAGGGGGACACUACCCUCAAUGCCAACGAUAUCACAGAAGAGGAGCAUGAAACCAAGCCCAAGAUCAAAAAGGAGGUGAAGAAGAAGCGGAAACUUGCAGAUCUCUUAGCAGAAGGUAUUGAUCCCACUAAACUCGAGGAGAACAGUGACCAGGUGAGGGAAAGGUUUGGCAAAGGCUGUGAGUGUGAGGGUGACAACUGCUUCAAAAACAUGAACCCCGAAUUUGUGUUCCGGCAUCGGCUGAACAUUGCCGAGCUGACCAAGAACGAGCACGACAUGUACCUGAUGGGUGUGACGAUGGCAUGCCUGGCCAACCCAGAGGAGACUUCGCGGCACAAGGAGAGGAAGAGGCUCAGGGCAUCGUACGUGUUCCAGGGCAAGAAGGUGUGCCUGGAUGCCUUCCUCUACUUGGAGAACUGCACACAUUACCAACUCAAGGCCAUCCGGAAACACGUCAUGGUGAAUGGUGUCACCCCAAGAGUUCAUGGCAACCAUGGGAAGAAGCCACCCAACACCUUCCCCCUGGACACCUACCAACAUGCUGCUGCCUUCCUGCAGAGCUACAUUGCCCGCUACUCCCCCAACACCAACACCCCCAAGAAGCCAAACAAGUCUGGCAAGUCUCCGCCUGUCUACCUCCCAGCAGAUAUAACUCGCAAGAAGAUCCACAAUGCUUACAAGGAGUACUGUGAGCACUUUGAGCCUGAUGUGAAGGUGAUGGGCUACUCCUCCUUCAGGCACUUCAUGAAGGAGCAGUUCCCUAAUGUCAAGUUCUUCCGUAUGGAUAAGAAGGCUGAGCGACCCCUUGGCCAGAGUGAUGAUGAUGAUGAUGAUAAUGAGGCUGCUGCUGCAGCUGCAGCUGCAGCAGCAGCUGUUGCCCAAAAUCCAGCAGCUACCACCCAGGAGCAACAGCAGCAGCAGGCACAACAGGCUCAGCAACAGCAACAGCAAGCACAGCAACAGCAGCAACAAGCACAACAGCAGCAGCAAGCACAACAGCAGCAGCAGCAACAGCAGCAGCAGCAACAGCAGCAGCAGAAUCAAAGACAAGAUCAACAAAGGGUAGAAGCUGGUGCCCAGCAGGUGAUGCAGCAGCAGCAACAAGCAGCCCAACAACCCCAGCAGGAGCCUCCCAAGGAUGCCCGCAACACUCCCCCGGUGACUGCCGCCUCAGUGCCCCCAUCAGCACACCCACCCGGUGCCCCCGUCUCCAUGGCCCAUGCCCCCAUCAGUACUAAUUACCCUGCCUACUCCCAUGUUCAGUUGCCCCUCAACUUGCAGACUCAGCAGCCUCUCUACUCAGCCUCCUGCAUGCAGCCAGGAAUGUUUGCACCCGGCCAAGCCCCCACACAGGUUCGGCCCACGGGCUUCCCCUACACCAGUCUCUAGGCAUCCAGGGUGAUCCAGAGAUGUUGUGUGGCUGUGGAGAACCACUGGCAGCCAGGGGUGUAGGGGUACUGGCUCUGGGCACCUAAAGGCAUUGGUGAUAUGUGCUGCAGAUGGCUGUGGCUGUCACUUUGGUGUGUAGCUGUCCUCCCACCAGUGGCCUCCUGGGGUAUGAGUUGGUAUAGGGGAGGGCAUUACAUUACACUUUGCCACCAAGACGGUACCCUACUCAUGUGGCAGCUGGUGUCUCUCCUUAUCCUCCGUUCAUCUACAGUCCUGCUUUGCCAAACCAGUACAGCCUCAUGCACAGCUCUCAUCUUUUUUUGUACCAUCAGCCAAGUGCCAUCCAUCACCACAGUCCUCAAUGCCAUGCAGAUAUGCAGCUGUAACUCCAGACAGCUGCAACACAUGCUCCCCACAGACCUGUAACAGGUGUUCACCGAGCCGGCCCACAUCACACCACACCAACACACCAGUACCAUAACCUUGCAAUCAAGACUUCAGGAAAAUUAGGUAGUUGAAGCCAGGAUGAAGACUACGUGCCUGUACCCCAUCUCAUCAUGCCAUCAUCCCGGUCCACCUCAUCACACCAUCACACACCACCGCCGCCGCCGCCGCCACAGCAUGGGUACCCCAGCCGACGUUUUUUUGAGUGCUGGACGUUCGGUUGUCAUUGUAUACCACAGCGACUCUGUUAUGCAUGAAGUUCCAAGCCACUGUAUAGGCCUUAGCUUUCCCAGUACUUUAGACUUAGGCGAUAACAUGAACAGAUAAGGUUUCUAGGUUAUUUUUUGAUGACUUUCCAUUCCAGGUGGGCAUUACUUUUCCAUAUCCAGUUGCCAAUAGUUGCCUCUGAGAGAGAGAGAGAAUGUUGGUGGCAAGGGGAGAGGCUGGUCCCCAUUCACUGAGGACAUGGCAGCUCCUCUCCCCUCUCCACUGUGGUCAUGGGAGGGGGGAGGGCCUCAGAGAAGCCAUAAAUAAGAUACUAUUUCCCAAGUUUUGGGGGAGAGAUGGGUAGAGUAGGCAGGGGUUAGUGGGGGAGAGGCAAAAAAAUGGGUGAACUUGUAUACGCAGCCAAUAUCAUUUUUAUUCUUAUUUAUUAAAACAAGUGCCAAAACAGGAGAAACAGCUGCAGGCUUCCAGUGGCACUGUCAAUGGUUCCUGCAGAAUUCUUGCACCUUAAGGUGACCAAUAGACAGGUGUCAAGUGCACCAGACCAGAUACAGCUUUGAGGCAUCAGUGUGCUGACUGACUGCCUGGGGUCAUGGCGUGUGCCUGGACGAGCCCCUUGCUAGCACGUCCUUCAUGGUGGAUAUCCUUUUUUAAAUUUUCUCACCUGCAAGGGUUUCUACCUUCAGUUCAUGUUCUCUAGCUUCUCAAAGAACAUUGAUCCCAGUGUAUCUUACCCUAUGGUACAUUUUAUUGCUUGCAGGAUUUCUCUAGUUUUGUACUAACUGAUUUGGCACAAAAUGGAAUCUCUGGUUAUGACCUGUUUGUCUCUUAAUGCAAGGACAGGAGCUGCUGUUCCUCUUUUAUGGUGAGAGGCUAAAGCUAAUCUUAUACAUUCCAUAUCAUUGUGAAUGUGCAAUUUUGUGUGUAUUUAUUCUAGCUUUGGAGGCCAAAUUGGUUUCUUCUGCUAUGUCGUAUUCAUUCAUUCAUGUUGUGCUGACACUUGUGUUUGAGCCACAAGGGCAAGGCGACUAUGAUGCAAAGAAAACGUGCUUGGCAUUUGUACUGUUCAUCUUUUAUUAUGUAAUUUAUCAUAAGCCUGAGUAAGCAUGAGCUUGGUCUUGUGUGAGGAAUGAAUGCACCAUGUUUGUAGACCUUUCUGUGUUGCCACGCUGGCACUCUCACCUCUGUGCGUCGCUGUUUUCUUGCUAGCGGUGAGCAUCUUCCUCAUUUUUGACAUUUGGAUUUUCCCAUCAGCUAUUCUCAUCCACAUUUGUGAGCAAGUGAGGAGAAUUAACGACGAGGAGGAGGUUGUUUGAGGAUUGAAGUGGUUGUGUCGCUCAAGGCUGGGCUAUUUAGUGCCUCGCUCUAAUUGUAAUUGGUCAAAGGGUUGGCUUGGUUUGAUAUUAUCACACAUAACUACAUCUGGCUGCUCUCUGCAUCUACAGUUUCAAAUUCAUAAUUUUCUCUUGAUUUUUUAUACUUUUUCUUACCUGUGUACUGAUGGUUUCAGGUGAGGUGAUGGAGAUUACUGUUCUACAUUCUCCCAUGAAGUUAUUUUUUGUUCUCACUGUGGUCACAUUUUUAUAUCAACAGAGCAUCUUAUGUGGACUUGUCUUCCUCAUACUACACUGCUCUCCCUGUGUGUGUGUGUGUGUGUGUGUGUGUGUGUUUGCGCAUGCAUGCUCCUAAGGGCAGCAUCGUCGUCAUCAUUCACUACCUCAGGCCUCUCAAGAUUAAUUCAAGAUAGCAAGCUUGGCAAAAACGUGCUAUUUAUAUCACCAUUAUUUUUUUAUGUUAUUUAAAAAAAAACCUGGUAGCUAUUUACUUGGUCACACGUCUUGUUUUGGAAUGCUGGCUUGGAAUAGGUUACGCUCAAUCUCCUAUCCUUGUUAGUAGUUUUUAAUCACCUGUUUACAUUUUACUAUUUAUAUUUCGACAACCACGCAGUAUUCAUCAUUGACUAUGCGACUCAUUGUAUACCCGAGCAGAACGUUUUAAUUGGAUGUCAAGUCUGCAUUUAUUUCAUUGUUCUCUUCUAAUCAGGUCUCAGUAUUCAACAUGACAUUGGGCAUUCUGUUUCCUUAACUUAUUUUCUCGUACCCGCCUCGUCACAAUUUUUUACUUAAUCUUCCUAUUCCCAAGACUCGUGGGAUUGCCUGUGACUUUGUGUUACUACUGUUGGUUUUCAGUCUAACUAUUUAUUUAUAUUCUCCCUAGUGCCAUCCUGUGCCAUGCAAUGAAUCAGGUCUUUGUUGGCACUCAAUUCUGAACAAGAAACAAAAAUUAAUCCUAUCUACUCUCCAAAUAUCUUCAUGUACUUCAAAAUCAGGAUCUUGAUGGGCAUUCAUUAGUAUUAAGUUAUUAUUAUUAUUAUUAUUAUUAUUAUUAUUAUUAUUAUUAUUAUUAUUAUUAUUAUUAUUAUUAUUGUUAUUAUGUUGGCCAGGCAGUUACUAGGUAUUCGCACCGUAGGUCACUUGGUGCAUCUACAGUAUUGGGGUUGUAGGGAGGGGGGGGUGGGGAGUGAGUGUGGGAGGGCAGGGGAGCGUUUUGUAAUUGGAGGGGAGGGAUAGGGGGGUCGGGUUGGGGGGAGGGGUGGGUAAUGUGUAUCCAGGUGGGCGCAUUCGAGACUUUAAGAUAAACAUUUUUGUAUUAUAAUGUUAACAAGAAAAAAAAACCUAAAGCUAACAAAUGUAAUAGAAUAAAAAAUAAAACUGUGAUAUUAAGGUA